CCUUUUUGUGACUCUUGCAGUUUCGGUGGAAUUCUCUUCCAACCUGCUGAUAAGAUCAGUGGCCACUCGUGCUUCCAAGCUGAAAACGUUUUACUGAGGUUCUACUGGUUCUUUUAAAGGCCAAAUUGCCCAGUCUUGAUACAGUAUAUAGCUCCAGGUCUACAUACUUGAACAAUUGUCGUUGAUCAAUAUUCCACAGCACCAGACACUUAAAAUGCUCAAGGACUUUCUGCACUACUAUUACUGCUACUUGGUCACCUAAAAAUGGUGCAACGAUGACUCAGCACAUUGUCGCACAGUCGUCGUUGGGUGGUACGACUGCGCAAUGGUACCCUUACAUUACGGAAAGUCUUUCUAUAACUUGUCAUGCCUGUUUAUCGUAGUUCCUUGUUAUUGUAAUACUAGUGUAGCCUAUACUACCCAAGAGAAAUUCCUUGUGUGUUUUACAUAUUUGGCCUCUAAAGAUGAUUCUGAUUAGUAUUAUGCAAUAGAUGAAUAUGUAACUUGAUGGCGUGCACAUUAUGUGGCACGAUGGCCCAACCUAAACUCUUCCUUGUUGGACUCGUGGGUGUUAUCUUUGUCUUCUAUUGGCCACACAUUCCUUAUCACUUGUUGAAGUACUCGUUUGUCCUUUCCAAAUCUGCGACAUUUUGACGCCCCGCAAAUAUGUUUUGGAAUUUGCCUUGGACUGAUCUGAUCCACAGCAGACAAUGGAGACAAAUUUGGUAUCCGACGUCGACAAGUUGGGGAUGGGCGGGUGGGCUUUGGGUGUGGGAGCUGUGGGAGCUGCCCUGGCUGGCAUUUUCUUGGUCAACUCCAGUCUGACUCUCCCCAAAGUAGGCAAGGCGUCGCUGGAAUAUCUCGCCGAUGCUGACCUGCUCUCCAUCGCUGACGAUGGCAAGGUCAUCAAAGCAAAGAGUCUGUGGGAAAAGAACGGCGCCGUCAUCAUGGCUGUGCGGCGGCCCGGAUGAUUUUUGUGCAGAGAGGAGGCUUCCGAGCUGUCCUCUCUGAAGACCCGGCUGGAAGAGCUCGGCGUCCCUCUGGUGGCCGUGGUAAAGGAACACAUCGGCACGGAGAUCCAGGACUUCAGACCGCACUUUGCUGGGGACAUCUACAUCGACCAAAAGAAACAUUUCUACGGGGCAAAAAUGGGCGCUAUGGGGCUGUUGCGCUUCAGCGUGUUGCAGAACUUCGUGCGGGCCUGGAGGUCCGGCUAUCAGGGCAACAUGUUGGGCGAGGGCUUCAUCUUGGGGGGCGUCUUUGUCAUCGGCGCGGGAGAACAGGGGGUCCUACUGGAGCACCGCGAGAAGGAGUUCGGCAACAAAGUGGAAGUGGCGGAUGUUCUCCAAGCCGCCAAGAAAAUCGUACCACGCAAAUAAGUUUAUUUCGAGCACUUAAUAUAAAAUAAUGAAGGUAGAAAGUCGUAGACACUACGUCCGGUAUGGACAUCUCGGCCAGUUUAAUGAAGUCGCCUCUUAUUGCCAGACAAAAAAAAAAAAAAGCUGUGAAAUGUACAACUAACUAAAUUACUGACAUGUUACUGAUGAAGACAUUCUGAAGCGAGACGGGUAUGGAAAUGGGGUGAUGUGAACACUAGAUUACUUUGCGAUUGAACUUUGUCUUUGAACUCCUCGGGCUGCUAGUUUGUCCCCCACCCCACCACAACCACCUCAAGCCGGCCUCCCAUCAUGACCGACGUGUGUGCUCUUAUGUGGCUGCGCGUGUAACAAUGACGACUUGUCUUUUCUAAACUCUACGAUGAGAGGGGCAAGUCUGAUGAGCCGACACGUGCAUUUCGCGGCGGUCAUCAUUCGGAGACCUUCUGGAGUGUGGGUCGGGGGGGGGGGGGGGGGGGGGGGCAAUAGUCUGCACUUGUACUUGUGAGGAAAAAAAAGCAAUAAAUAAAAUAAAAGCAUCGACUGUUUGACUUUAAGCUCAAAAAACUCGACAGACACUUAAGAGUAAUGACACCAAUACAAAAGAUCAUGAUCAUCAAAAAUGAAAUGGAGACAUAAUUGGAUGUCAGUCAUUAUCUUUUAUGGUAGUACUGAGUAAAAUGCGUGUCAAGAAAUGUGUGUAUAUGCCAACGCAAUAUCAAAAACACAAAAUAGGGACUGCACUUUCCCCAUCGUGAUAGCAUUACGUGACUGAAAACAUUCACGGAGUGUAACAUGGAUUGUCGAAACAUUUGUGGCCCAUUCAGUGCACAUCUUGUUUUGUGUCAUUCCAAUGUGCUUGAUUGGGACGAGAUUAGAAAGCUUUAUUUAAAAAAAAAAAAAACACAAUGAAUGUCAUGUACAGUAACUCCUUCAACCAGACAUCCUUUUUUUUUUCCUUAUGCAUAGUGGCAUGGUGCAAAAACCAUUUAAAAUAAAGCUCGCGGGACAACCUUUCACCUUUUGGAUACAUUCGUAACCGCAAUAUGUUUCAGUUCUGUGCUGACGAAAAUCUGCCAGGUGUUAAGUUCAUAACAGGACACUUGGCAACCCAGUAAAAGCUUCGUUAAUUUACUUGGCAGCACAUCGACUCGUUCAAAACCCGUUUCCUUGACUUUCGCGCAGUCUUGACAGGAGUGACAAAUGCUCACAGCGUUGAGAUUUAAAGUUAUGGAAUGGAACCAUUCAGGAAGUACAACAGUAGAAAUAAAUCACACGGUGGAAAAUUGGACUUUUUGUAUCGCCUGUAAAAUACAACGACGCACCAAACGGAUUGACGCUCUAUAAAUAGGAAUCCUGAAACAAGACGAGUUGCUGGUAAACUCACGCGUUUAGGGACACAGGCUCACAUUUUAGACACAAAAAAUAAUAAUACUCCCAUUAUAAUACAUAUUGUUUCCAGUCCAUCCAGCAACGAUGACAAAACUGUAUUUCCACAAACAUCUAAGAACUGCAAAAUGGGCGUGAGAGUUUUGGACCAAUGCUACAUGUGUUUUACAUAUUUGUGUUUUAUUCAUUCAUCUUCCGAGCCGCUUGAUCCUCACUGGGGUCGCGGGGGGUGCUGGAGCCUAUCCCAGCUGUCUUCGGGCAGUAGGCGGGGGACACCCUGAAUCGGUUGCCAGCCAAUCGCAGGGCACACAGAGACGAACAACCAUUCGCACUCACACUCACACCUAAGGACAAUUUAGUGUUCAAUCAGCCUGCCACGCAUGUUUUUGGAAUGUGGGAGGAAACCGGAGCACCCGGAGAAAACCCACGCAGGCCCGGGGAGAACAUGCAAACUCCACACAGGGAGGCCGGAGCUGGAAUCGAACCCGGUACCUGUGCACUGUGAAGCCGACAUGCUAACCACUGGACUACCGGGCCGCUUGUGUUUUAUUAAUAUCAUUAAUAUUGCGUGACCAAAUUGUUUUGAGAUUGUCGAAAGCUUUGGUUAGGUUUCUUUACUGUUGUUUUGGUCAGCAACGGAGUAGUUCACGUUCCCUCGAAUGAAAGCUUUCAUGAUCCCCCCCCCCCCCCCCCCCACGAGCAAAAUUGAGGCAUCUUCGAUUUUCACUUGACUUUGACAUGCAGCCAUUAUUUGAGGAAAUGCAGUACAACGUAUAUAACUAUAUAAACGGUAGAAUAUAAACCCUGUUAAAGCCAACACAGCAAAAACACCACAAGCACAAAAAACAAUAUUCCCCCGCCCACGUAGUCAUGACUGGUGUACAUGGGUGGUACUAAUCUAAACUAUAUUUUAAUGUUUACAAUAAUAUAGAAUAGUCUGUUUUAUAAUUAGAUUAACAUGUUCCACACCUGUCCAACACACACACACACAGAAAAAAAACCCCUACGUUUUCCCACUUCAAGUACGUUUACAACUUUAAAAUAAAAGAGGAAAUAUGGUCCUGCAAACUAAAAUAUAUCCUUGGUUCAUUAUUGCUUCCCCCCCCCCCCCCCCCCCCGUCGUGAUUAAAAUUUGGAAUCAUUUCACUCAGAAUGAAAUCAAAAUGAAUUUCACUCUUUCAAUCAUAUGACUGGAAUUAAGUGUUCCACUGUAUUGGUUUAUUGUGAGCAUUUCUGGUUUUAUAAUUGCACGGCCGCCGGAUUAAGUGCUCUCUCUUCAGGCCGUGGGUUGCCUACGCCUAAUUUAACGGAAAGGUGCACCACUUGAACAGCGAGGACAACAACAACAACAAGCCGCAGUCGAGAUAAUUCAAUCAUAGUACCGGUGGAGUACUACAAGAGGACAGUGAGGUUACAUUCAAGUUCAUGGCUAAAUACUGUACAAGUUAGUUGUACACAUGCAAACAUCUUUCCUCCUUGUGCUUCACUUGGGAGCAGUUCAAAAACACCAGAA